CCAAGCAGCAGCAAUUUGACAGCUGGGAGGGAGUACCUGGAGCUCUGGAUUUUGGAACUGAGAGAAGAAAUUCUGCUCUCAAGGAUGAAGACAAACAGAGAAAGAUUCUGCAACAAAGAAAGGGAAUUUGUGUAUAAAUUCAAAGUUGGUAAUCAGUGCUUAGAACUGAGGGUUCCUCUGCAAUUUCCUGUCGAAGAGAAUGCCAGCCACUUACAUGGCCGUCUGAUGCAACUGCAUAACUUACCCUGCUUUAUAGAGAAAGACCUAAAAACAGCUUUGAGCCAGUUUAUAGAGGAAGAGUCUCUCAAAGAUUAUGAUAAUGAUGCUGAAGCUUCACUAGAAGCUGUGAAGUCAGGCGAAGUUGAUUUACACCAGCUGACAAGCGCAUGGGCCAAAGCUUAUGCAGAGACCACAUUAGAACACGCAAGGCCCGAAGAACCCAGCUGGGAUGAAGAUUUUGCAGAUGUGUACCAUGAUCUAAUCCAUUCUCCUGCCUCUGAAACGCUCCUAAAUUUAGAACACAAUUACUUUGUUAGCAUCUCAGAACUGAUUGGCGAAAGAGAUGUGGAACUCAAAAAGUUGCGGGAGAGACAAGGCAUCGAAAUGGAAAAAGUGAUGCAGGAGUUGGGGAAAUCGCUGACGGAUCAAGAUGUUAAUUCUCUGGCUGCUCAGCAUUUUGAAUCCCAACAGGUCUUAGAAAAUAAAUGGUCUAAUGAAUUGAAGCAGUCAACUGCUAUCCAAAAGCAAGAGUAUCAGGAGUGGGUGAUCAAACUUCAUCAAGACCUGAAGAAUCCCAACAAUAGUUCCAUCAGUGAGGAAAUUAAAGUUCAGCCAAGUCAGUUCAGAGAAUCUGCAGAUGCCAAUGGAAGGAUUUAUGAGGAACAGAGAAAAUUGGAAGAAAGUUUUACUAUUCAUUUAGGAGCCCAGCUGAAGACCAUGCAUAAUUUGAGGUUGCUGAGAGCAGAUAUGCUGGAUUUCUGUAAGCACAAAAGAAAUCACAGAAGUGGGGUGAAGCUCCACAGACUGCAGACCGCACUGUCGCUCUACUCCACCUCUCUCUGUGGCUUGGUUUUGCUAGUCGAUAACCGCAUCAAUUCCUACAGUGGAAUUAAGAGAGAUUUCGCCACCAUUUGCCAAGAAUGCACAGACUUCCAUUUCCCUCGAAUCGAAGAACAGCUGGAAGUGGUCCAACAGGUGGUUCUGUAUGCAAGAACACAGCGCAGGAGCAAGCUGAGAGAAUCACAUGAUUCUGGAAGCCGAAAUGAAGGCAGUGAUGAUAAGACUAAAAAUGCUGAUAGAAACUAUUUAAACAUUUUACCCGGAGAGUUCUACAUCACACGCCAUUCGAACCUCUCAGAAAUCCACGUCGCCUUUCAUCUUUGUGUGGACGACAACGUGAAAUCAGGAAACAUCACUGCCCGUGAUCCGGCCAUCAUGGGACUUCGGAAUAUACUCAAGACUUGCUGCAGCCAUGACAUCACCACAAUCAGCAUUCCGCUCUUGCUGGUGCAUGAGAUGUCAGAGGAAAUGACGAUACCAUUGGUGCUGACGGAGAGCAGAACUUGUGUUUUAAGGGUGUCAAAGCUCAUGUGUUUCUUCCUGCCCUGGAUCCUCUCUAUCCUUCAGACGACAGGUUCAUCCCCUUUCCCUUCACUUUUCCAUUCCAUGAGCCACGUCUUCCAGGCAGCCUCCCUUCUAUUUCCAGGUGGAAAUGGAGGUCUGAUCUGGAGCGAGUACCUUGUUCUUGGUGCCCGCGUUCUGCUCAGGAGCUGGGCCCUGCAUGCUCCCCUUGUGUCGGUCUCCCUUGAUCUCAGCCACGUCUCAGCCUCUGCCACCUGCAUGGCGAUGAGCCCUCGCCUUGGCCCACGAUGGCCAGCUGAAAUGCCUUUCUGUCUGUCCUCAGAUCAUUCCCUCCUGCUUCCAGGGCUGCCUGAGGUUCUGUUUCAGGAUCUGUGGGACAGGCCAGCUUGGGCCCUGUUCUGGCUGUUCUUCCCGAUCCUGCACACUUUGAUCUAG